AUGGAUUUCCUCACAAUUUUGAUUCUACUCUCGUUCAUUCUAUCCACUUUACUUCUCCUUCUCUUGGGACCAAAGCUGUUUGGUUCCAAGUCGAAGCUCCCACCGGGCCCCACCCCGUUACCAAUCCUAGGUAACAUCCACCUCCUCGGUCGUAACCCCCACCGCAGUCUUGCAAAGCUCUCCCGGACCUACGGCCCCCUGAUGCACCUCAAGCUCGGUAGCAUCACCACGAUCGUGGCAUCCUCGCCAGAGAUCGCCAGGGAGAUCCUGCAGAAGCACGACCAGACAUGCUCCAGUCGUGCAGUGCCCUGCGUGGCCCAGACGCUGGGCCACGCAGAGGCCUCCAUGGCCUGGCUCCCCGUGGGGAGCCAGUGGCGCAAGCUGCGCAAGAUCACCAAGGAGCACAUGUUCACCGCGCAAAAGGUCAACGCGAGCGAACCCCUCCGCCAAGAGAAGCUGCGCCAGUUGCUCGAUCACUUGGUGGAGGGACGCGGAAGGGAGGUGAAUUUCGAGGAGGUUGCCUUUGUGACGGCUCUGAAUCUUAUCUCUACUACUUUAUUCUCUGUCGACUUUGCCAGUCUCGACUCUGGCUCGUCCCACGAGGAGGUGAAGGAGAUCAUUCGGGGACUUAUGGAGAUCUCCGGCACUCCUAACGUUGCUGAUUUCUUCCCGAUUUUGAGAUUGGUGGAUCCACAAGGGCUCAAGCGCAAGGCAAAGGUUUACUUGGGAAAAAUGCUUGACAAAUUUGAUGAGAUUAUUAGUAAAAGGUUGGAAGAAAGGGGCAAGUCUUGGGAUUGUACGAGGAAGACGGAUUUGCUUGAAGUACUACUCGAUCUCAAUCAAGAAGAUGAAGCUUACUUGAGCCUCCAUGAAAUCAAACACCUACUUAGUGACUUGAUCAUCGCGGGAGCGGACACAACCACGGAUUCCGUGCAAUGGGCAAUGUCCGAGCUAAUACGCAACCCCGAAAAGCUAUCCAAAGCCAAGAAAGAGCUGAGAAGUGUGAUCGGAGAGAGGGCACAAGUUCAAGAAAACGACAUCCCAAAACUACCAUACCUAAACGCAGUGAUCAAAGAGAGCUUCCGGCUGCACCCGCCCGGCCCGUUUCUAAUCCCCCACGAGGCGGAGGCCGACCUGGAGAUCAACGGCUACACGAUACCGAGAGGCGCACGGAUACUCGUGAACGUGUGGGCUAUCGGGAGAGACCCGAGCAUAUGGCCCGGCCCGGAGUCGUUUGAGCCCGAGAGGUUUGUUGGCGGCUCGGUCGACUACAAAGGGCGGGAUUUCGUGCUUAUUCCGUUUGGCUCGGGCCGGAGAAUUUGCCCCGGGCUGCCGCUGGCGCACGUGAUGGUGCAUCUUAUGGUUGCGUCGAUGAUACAUGAGUUUGAUUGGGAAGCACAAGAUGUGGAUAUGGAUGAUGUGUUUGGGCUUUCUCUACACAAGGCCCGGCCUCUCAAGGCCUUUCCUAUCAUUAAAAGUUAAAGAGUGAUUAAAUGCUAUAGUACUAUAUAUAUUAUCAUUAGUAGGACAUGUGCCUCGUGACCACGAAAUUUGUGUAAUAAGAUGAUGAAUUUUCAUCUCAGAUUUUAAUAGUAA